AUUCCGCCAUAUUGGAUUGAAAUAGAAAGGCCGCAGUGGACAGAACGGUCGGUUGUUAUAGCGAAGACCGAUUGGAUUCUUGUAUAUAUUUUUUAUUGUGGAUUUAAUAGUAUAACGAAAUAGCGCGUUGAAUAAGAAGAGUGUGAGACAUAAAAAGCCAUAAAGGAUCAUUCUUCGGCAAAGAAACUACCUUGACAUUGGCCAUGCCUGUUCGUAAACAAGGUGAUUGCCAAGCGAUAUGAUUGACAUUGACAGGAAGAAACAUAAAAGAAUCUAAUAUGUUGAACUAUGAGGCUCAUCGAGCCUUAGAGUUGUUGGAGGAAUAUCAUAGUAAAUUGACUAAGCCGCAAGAUAAACAGCUUCGAAAUGCAAUUGAACGUGUAAUAAGAAUUUUUAAAAGCAGACUUUUUCAAGCUCUCUUGGAUAUUCAAGAAUUUUACGAAAUCACGCUGCUAGAUGACAGUAAAAGCAUACAGCAGAAAACAGCCGAGACAUUACAGAUUGCCUGCAAAUGGGAAAGAAGCCCCCCACUUACACAUACGCCACACGGCAACAACGAGAAAUUUCGAUAUCAGGAAGAGGAAUUACCUCCUCCUCCUCCUCCUGUCCAUUUGAAGGAUGUGACUGGGGUGGACGGUUUGCCAAGAAACAUGUUCGAAAGAGAGGGACAGUUUAUGACUAACAUCAGCGAUUCACCGAGGAAGAGCAAUGACAGCUGGCAAGCUCAAGAUAGCGACCAGGCUCAAACCCCAUUAUUAGGUAGUGGAGAUAGAUACACAAAUGGAGAUGAUGAUUGGGAGUAUGAAGAAAUUACACUUGAAAGGGGUGGUGCAGGUCUUGGUUUUAGUAUUGCAGGAGGUACUGAUAAUCCACAUGUUGGUGAUGAUCCUAGUAUUUAUAUUACCAAGUUAAUAUCUGGAGGAGCAGCAGCUGCUGAUGGUCGCUUACAAGUGAAUGAUAUUAUUCUUAAAGUAAAUGAAAGUGAUCUUGUUGAUGUUCCUCAUUCAAUGGCUGUAGAUGCUUUAAAGAGAGCAGGGAAUACUGUAAAUUUGUUAGUAAAAAGAAGACGACUUCAUCAUAGUCAUAUUGUAGAAAUUGAACUCAUUAAAGGAAAUAAAGGAUUAGGUUUCAGUAUUGCUGGUGGAAUUGGUAAUCAACAUGUCUCUGGUGAUAAUGGAAUAUAUGUUACUAAAAUUAUGGAAGGUGGAGCAGCUCAUUUAGAUGGAAGUCUACAAGUUGGUGACAAGCUACUUGCAGUUGGUGACAGAAAUUUAGAAAAUGUGACCCAUGAAGAAGCUGUAGCUACUUUAAAAGCUACUAUGGACAAAGUGGUGUUGACUGUGGCAAAGAUUCGACCACCCCCUGUGUAUAUGAAUCAUUCUCUUCCUCCACCGCCACCACCACCCGUCCAACCACCAGCAUCUGAACCAACUCACAAGCAGGAUCCUGACGAACGAAUCAGCAUCAGAGCAUCAGAAAAACGGAUUGCCUGCGAAGAAGAAUUUUCUGACAAACCUCGCAAAAUUAUUCUUAACAAAGGACCUACAGGACUCGGUUUUAAUAUCGUCGGUGGAGAAGAUGGUGAGGGGAUUUUUAUAUCAUUUAUCUUAGCGGGAGGACCUGCCGAUCUAAGUGGAGAAUUAAGAAGAGGCGAUCAAAUUUUAUCGGUGAAUAACGUUGAUCUAAGGCACGCAACACACGAACAAGCAGCAGCUGCUCUCAAAGGUGCUGGACAAACUGUGACUAUGGUUGUACAGUACAGGCCGGAAGAAUAUAAUCGAUUUGAAGCAAAAAUUCAUGACUUACGAGAACAAAUGUUGAAUACAUCAGGAAGUUUACGAACAUCACAGAAGAGGUCUCUCUAUGUGAGGGCUUUGUUUGACUAUGAUCCUUCCAAAGACAGUGGCCUUCCUAGUAGAGGCCUUCCUUUUCGAUUUGGUGAUAUUCUUCAUGUCAUUAAUGCUAGUGAUGAUGAAUGGUGGCAAGCUAGGAAAAUUUUACCAGAUGGUGAAGAAGAAGGUAUUGGAAUAAUUCCAAGUAAGAGAAGAGUGGAAAGAAAAGAGAGGGCAAGACUUAAAUCAGUUAAAUUUCAAGGAAGAAGCAAUUUGACUGAUGGAAAGGUAAAUGAAUUUAAUAGUCAAAUGGAAAAGUAUAAUUAAUUUUAAUUAUUUCAAAUGAUUUGAGCAAAGUAUAUAUAAGAUUUAUAGAAACACAAUAUUUAUUUCAAACUAAAUAUUCUUAUAAUAGUUAUAUGUAGCAUAUAAUACUAAAACUGAGAUUCAAGUUAUAAUGCCAAGAACAUUAUUUUCCUUUCAAAUUAGAUACUUAUGAAUGAACUGAAUCUUCUCACUGCACAUGAUCACUAAACCUAAACUGAUAUCUCUUGUAUUUACAAUAAUAGAUAAAAGGAAAUUAUUAAUUUGCUCUGUCUCGCCAGCACUUUGUUAGCUGUAUUAAUUUAGU